AUGACGAGAGGGCAGGCCGUGGCUGCCACAGUCAAGGUCACCUUCAAGAUUACUGCCCACCCCUUCAUCUGUUCAAGACAGAGAAAGAGCAGGACCCCAGUAGUGCUGGCUGAGAAUGGAGAGUCAGUAGACCAGAUGGGGCAGGAGGAUAGAAUCCAGCGCGUGAAUAAAGCACCCCCGGACCUGGCGCAGAUGCAUCCGGGCCAGUGCCACUGCGCACGCGCCGGUUCGUGCCAAGGAUGGGGCGGUGGAGUGGGCGGGGCGGUUACCUCCCGGACCAAUCGGAAGCGAAAGUCCCCGCCCCCCCGGGCUGGUGGACCGAGCUUGACCCCGGCGGUGGGCGGAGAAGGCGGGGCCAGCUGCGCGGCCGCGGAGGGGGCGGGGCCCGGGGCCUGGAGGCGGGGCUUGGUGCUGUCAGUCCCGCGCCCGCCGCUGCCGCCGCGGUUCCUUACAUGCCGUGGCCCGGUGGCUGCCGGCGCUGCUGACCGCCGUCCGCCGCCUCGGCAUCCCGAACCGCCUUCCGCCGUGCCGGGCCGGCGCGCAGGUAAGGCCGGCCGCACUGCCGAGCCAUCGCGUCCCUAA